UGUGAUGUUGUGUAAAAUUUAGUUUGAAAUUUGCCUCAAAAAAGGCAAUCAACUUGUUUCAAUGUUCGACUAUCCAAUCAGUGUGCCCCCCGCAAAAACCAAUCACCCCACCGUCAAACCGACAAUCACGCAAAACAUGCGCGGAAAAGAGUUAUGAGCUUUUACUGUUGUUGCGCCCUGCUGUGGAAGGGACUUUUGCGCUGCUUUCUUUUGCUGCUGCCCCCUCGCUUGGUUGGGCGUGAACAUGCAACAGCAAAGGAAGCUUUUUUCGCAAUCUGGUAUUAGAGGCUAGUAAAUAAAUAAAUCCAGCUCUUUGGCACAAACAAGGUUAUUGUUUUAUUUUGCGCGUGAAUUGUGAAAGAUUGCCUCACCAAUCAUUCUCCCGCACGGCUGGUUUGAGCGGAUUGCGGCGCUUUGCGCGAUAUUAGACAUUCAAAUAUCGCCCUGUUGACGUGUAACCGUGUCCCUUUGGAAAAGGUGGAAGGGAAUAGAUAGCACGCGGGAAACAAAAAAAAAAAAACAUCCAACCCGUUUCAAGCUCCAUGCCCGCCGUCAACGUCAACUGUUUGCAGCCGCCGCUUCCGCCAGUUUGACCGGAUUUCCGACACGGCUCGGGAAGGCAAUUUAGUAUAUGUUGAUGUGUGUAUGUGUGUGUUUGUGCGUAUAUGCGUAGCUUCAUCGUGCACGGGCGUACCCGCUCUUUCGAUGGCACGUGAGUGUGUUACCUAAUUUGAAUAUAAAUAACAUCCGAUUCCACACGCAAAAUGUUGCACGCCGGGUGACAAUGGGGGGUACGGUGCGGAAGCAUGCGGUGAAGAAAUAUUGUCACUGAAUAAUCAUCACGGUCCUCCCUAUACCCACGCAUUCACACACACACGCUCAGAAGCACCACUUGCCAAUUGGGGUUGGGAGAGAUGAAAAACUGUCAACGCGACCCCGGAGGCCAAACGGAAGCGCAAUUUAAGUUCCAUCAUAAACUGUUCCGGUACACGGAUUGAACGGGGUCUGGGAAGUGGCGCAUGGGAUGGAGAGGAGGCGAGCUGAGUGCCAAGUGUUUCAAACUUUCGCACUUUUGAAAGCACAGCGAAAGGAUCUUAAUCACUGGUUGGCGGUCUUGUUAGGUGUAUAUGAACGGGGGAAAUUCUAGUGACAUGCUUCCAACUUUAUCCGUUUUUGUAAGUUUCGUGAAGGAACUAUUGACAGUAUGUAAUGAAAUAUCGAGCUUCUGUGUCAUUGGGAUGUUUCUAGAGAGUUGAGCUCGUUCACUGGAUUUAAUGCUGGUUUGAGUCCGACUUUAUCGACCAAAAUAGGGAGGAACGAAUUCAUUAACUCACAUCAGAGCUCUCGCAUAAGCCUGCUCGGUCAAUGAAGACCUGUGAAGGGCCAGCGGCAGGAUUUAUUUUUCGAUGCGUUGCUGUAUAUCCCGCUUCGCUUCGGGACAACUUUUGUUUUCCACACCGUGUGCACGCGCUGACGCUGUGUGUGAAUUAUGAUAAACACUUGGCAAUCGCGGGCGAACAUUUCGGAUUACGUGCCGGAUUAAGUGAUUUACGGGGCUGGUUUGACACGGCCGACUUACCAGGUUUCGCUCCAGGUUCUCUCUCUAUGUGUGUUUGUGCCCUAGCCCUACGAAUCGCCCGACCGAUUAAUCCUUUUGCAAUGUGAAGCAAAACCCACACAGCAUCGCUUCAAACCCCCGUCACUACCUCAUUUGCAUCACAACCUUCCUCCCGUGGAAAAAAGCAAUAGGCACCGGGACGCCCAUUACCUCUCCACGUUCUCCUCGGCACCGAUGUAGCGCCGUGAAUUAUGGAUUUCCAAUUAGAAGUUUAUUACCCGAAGCGUUCCCUUGUUUCCUGUCCUGUUUCGUGUGCGGCAGGCGGGAUGAAAAACUUUGCAUCAACAUUUAAACGCCAGCCAGAGAGGCUUUAAGGUGACACGGUUCGAGGGGUGAGCGUUUGUAUGGCGUCUGUCGGGAGAAGGUGGAGCGAAUUCGGACAAAUUGCUGCCUGUGGUGCGAGAUAUAGAGACAUUCGAAAUUGCUAGCACGGGUCGGUACGCGUGUGUGUGUAUGUGUGUGUGUGUUGGGAGAAAGUGGAUGAUUUGAUGAAAAUUUGGGACGCGCCGUAAUUAUGGAAAUGGAAUAGACAUACUCUCGAGCCGAAAGGGACGAAGGCGUUCGAGAGGUCGUGCCGGUCAUCAAGUGGGAAAAGUUAUCGUAUCGUGAGAGGCACAUACACAUACACACACACACAGUGAGGUGGACGAGCGUGGUUAGAGAAGUGAGGGAUGGCACUCAGCAAAAAGGGACGAUAUUAAGAAGGUUAAUUCAAUUUACCAAAUAGCAGCAGGUGGCCUUGAUGAAGUUGGCGGUGAACGGCACCCGGGCACAGACUCCAAGCUGCGCUCCAGUACGGGCUGGAGGACAAAGUUUUCCUGUACCUGCGGCUUGCUUUCACGAAAACUCCUGCAAGUACAGCGCCACUCGCACGGGGUGGACAAGGCAGGGAAAUUAAUAUCAAUUGCAUCGUAAAAAAUACGAAGCGCUAGUAAUAACCGUGCUUCUUCUGAAGAUCUUUCGGCGCAUCCAUCGUUUUCGUUGGUGGUUGGAAAGAGUGGUUAGUGUGUGUGGGGGGAGGGAGUGCGUUCAUUCCGCACCAAAACUUUGCCAGUUCACAGUUCGCUAGAGUACAACUUUUUAGAAAACACCUGUGUGCCAUUUUCUUUGGUAAAAAGAUACCUUUCGCGAAGGAGUCUGGUGACAGCGUAGUAGGCUGUGCUAGUCAUCGCGUUCGUCAACGCUACAAGUUGGGCGUUGGGAAAGAGGAAGCUUUGCACCCGGGGUGUCGUUCCGGGGGACCAUGAAUCUAGACGUGACACUCGACACGGCGGAGGAGAUCCGGUUUCUGAGCAAGGUGAGCGGUCUGGUGAAGCGGUUGGCCCGCUCGACCCACUUCACCCACCAGGAGCUGGAGGUGGUGCUGCUGCUGUACUACAAGAUACUGAAGAACGAUCCGGACGCGGCCGGGGGACAAAUCUCGCGCCAGCAGCUCACGACCGUGUUCGAUACGGCGUUCGGCAUUACGGAUAUGGCGGUGAUACGGCGCAUCUACGCCGCGCUGGACGGGGGAAAUAGCGCGCACGUGUCGAUGGAAACGUGGGCCCGGAUGGUGUCGCUGUACGUGCGCGGUACGCUCGAGGAGAAGAUCCAGUACUGCUACCGGGUGUACGACAUCCAGCGCGAGGGCAUGAUCCGGCGCGACUUCCUGAUGGUGCUGAUGAGGGGCUGCGUCCGGCAGGAGGAAGGCGUCGAUGAGGCGGUGAAGGAUCUGGUCGACAUCUUGAUGACGCGGCUGGACCUGGAUCGGGACGGGGCGAUUUCGUUCGAGGACUAUCGGAAGAGUGUGAUGGGCACGCCGCUGUUGUUGGAAUGUCUUGGCCAGGCGCUGCCGGAUCGAAUUCACGUGGAAGCGUUCGCCACGACGUUUCUGGUUAUGUAGGUGGAAACGGUAGUUUGAUGGGUGAGGAUUAGUUUGAGCAUGGAAAUUCCGGAAUAUUGAACAUUAAAUCUUUCGAGAGUAGCAAGUGAAA